AUGGUCAUAUGUAUCUUCAAGGUACUGCAAGGUUACCGACCAAAAGAUAGAUAUUAUUCAGACCUUGACGAACUCAAUCCUGAAGCGGUGGUUGACACUGACACAAGACGACAGCCACUUGCGAUUGAUAGUCGGGCGGUGUAUUGGGAAGAUGCCGCAGGUCAGUCGAUGGGGACCAGUCCUGGCGGUACCUAUCAUAUCCAUGGCCGUUCGCCUGACGAUGUAUACGACACCGCGUUCGCGAGCCUUGUCUCUCUUCAAGGCGAGCACUCCCCUAUCUCUCCAAUACCCGAGCAUAGAAUGUCGACUAUUCUGAGAGUCCAGCGUCUGGUAGCCAAGCUAACAACGGCUUCCUACUCAGCUCAAAUUGACCCAGAAGAUAGGCGGCUUCACCGUCAGGUGUCCCAUCUACGGAGAGAAAUAGCAAACAUUGUCUUAAGCAACUCUAGUGGUGUGAAUUCUCUUUCGCCCCUUCCACUACCUGAGAGUGUCAUAUUGGAACCACCUCCGCCAUAUUCCGAUGCUGUUCACAACAGCGACGACAGAACUGCUGUUUUUUAG